AGUAGAGAAGGGUACAAAAGUUAAUAUAAACCACCAAAAAUCGAACCCACAUACUCAAAUGAUAGGGAUGUAGGGAUUAAGGUAGCUCACAUCCAAAAACGAGUCAAGCAUAAAACAAUCAGCAACUUUAUAAUUGUUCUAUCUUUCCAUUUGUAUUCACAAAUCUCUCCUACUCUUACUCUUCCUGUUUCCUCAUUUUUCUACCUCCUUCAUCUCUCUGUUUUACUCUGCUUUGAUUUGGAUUCUCAUAAAUAGUAACUUUCUCUGAAAAAGAAUCACAACAAAAAUAAAUGGGGCUCUUAGACCAUGUCUUAGACUUUUGUGACGAUGUUACCUUCCCCAAGCGUAAGAAACGUAAACCAAUGCAGACAGUUGAGAUCAAGGUGAAAAUGGACUGUGAUGGUUGUGAAAGAAGAGUCAGAAACGCUGUCACCAAAAUCAAAGGUGUGAAAUCGGUAGAUGUGAACCGUAAGCAGAGCAAAGUAUCUGUAACUGGAAACGUGGAGCCAAAGAAGGUACUUAAGAAAGUGAAGAACACAGGAAAGAGAGCGGAGUUUUGGCCAUAUGUACCAUAUAAUUUGGUAUCGUACCCUUAUGCUCCUCAAGCUUAUGAUAAGAAAGCACCUACCGGCUAUGUUAAGAAUGCACCUCAAGCAUUUGCUACUCCUGGUGAUCUUGACGACAGAUACACUUGGAUGUUUAGUGAUGAAAAUCCUAAUGCUUGUUCAAUUAUGUAAUUAGUUAUAUAUAAUUAGUGAUCGAACUAUAAUUGUAAGAUUUUGAUACUUGCUAGCUUAGAUUUACAUAUAUCAUGGUAUGUAAAGAUAGCAUGUUCCAAAAGAGUGCGGGGUAAGAUCUAUGCAACGUUUAAUUAAGUGUAUUUGAAUGUAUUUAGAUAAUAGUGCUAUUUAGAAUUAUGUAUUUAUUAUGACAACAUACUUGCUUUUUUUAUACGGUUAUAAAGGAUUUUUUAACGUAAA